UGACGUCACCAGUGAACUUUCUGCCAGCGUGUACAACCAACAUGGCGGCCAGUAUAGCAGUCGGAGAAUCAGCGCCUUCUCCCACCAAGAAAUCAGCCGCAGAAAAACCACCGUCCAGUCUAGAGGAGGGCUUUCACAAGAUGAUUGUUGACCCGGCGCUGAACGAGGUGAGCCAGCAGCUGGACAGUGCCAUGAAGAUACUGGAUGACUAUAAUGAUACAUUAAAGAAAGAGAGGGAAGAACGACUAGCUACAAGAAGAGACAUCCCUGGCCCUCUGCAGGGAAGUGGACAGGACAUGUCUGUUAUUCUGCAACACAUGCAGGAUGUCAUACAUGGAACAGAGGACGAGAUUCAGCAGAGCCCAGUGUUUACCCCCAGUAUUGACAGUACCGCUAAGCUGGCGCUCCUGGGCCACAGUCUGGCUGCCUACGCCACCCUGCUGCCGCCUGACCGGCUCAGGCGCUUCACCACCAGGAUCAUCUCUGACACCACCCUGUGGCUGUCCAGGCUCUUCAGAUUUGAGAACGGGUCUGCGUACUACAAUGAGGACGACAGGGAAGGGUUGAUAAAAGUGUGCCGGCUUGUUCUACAUUCCAAGUAUCCCAAGUUUGCAGCAGAAGGCUUUAAUGCACUGUACCCCAAACCUCCUGUAGUGUACAUCAGUGCUGCCUCCAGGCCUGGCCUGGGACAGUACAUCUGCAGUCAGUUGGGCCUGCCCAUGUCCAGCUUGUGUACUGUUCCCUGCAAUACUGUCUUUGGAUCUGUCCAUACAAUGGAUGUGGCAUCCUUUGAGAGGCUUGUGAAGGAUGACAUCAACUCUUCCAAACUUCCAGUCUUACUUGUUGCCAACGCAGGUACCCCUGUAGCUGGUCACACAGACAACCUGACCAGACUACUGGAGAUCUGCAAGGCCAAUGCCAUCUGGCUACACGUGGAGGGGGUAAACUUGGCCACCUUGUCACUAACUGUUGUUCCAGAUUCUGUGCUGCCUGCUGUGAAGUGUGACAGCAUGACAGUGACACCAGGAGUGUGGCUAGGUCUGCCGUGCACCCCUGCUGUGACAUUGUACAGGACUGCAGAUCCAGCCAUGGCUUUGGCUGCUGGUCUGAGUAACUCCCAGUCCCUGGAGCGAGUGCGCGCCCUUCCCCUCUGGCUCUGUCUGCAGAGUGUUGGACACCAGGGCAUUGUCAAGAAGAUCAAACAUGCUGCAGAUUUGAGUUUACAACUGUCAGAAAAGCUGGACACAAUUGCCACACUGAAGAAGUCGGAAAAGAAGAAAACGCAGCAGUCCAAUACAUUUGAGGUUAAAGGGUCGGUGAAGGAACUCCUAGUCAAGACCUUACUUUACCUUACCCAGUUUGAUAUUCCAUCACCUGUAGUCAUAUUCAGAUAUGCAGAGAGCAGAGAAAAACCAGGGGAAGAGGUGGCACCAUAUGCCGUUGCCAAACUGGAUGAUGACUCUAAGGAGUUGGAUAAAGAGAAACACAGGCUGCUGUAUAACACACUUAACAGAUGGCUGGGAGAGCGGUUGUCCAAGGAUGUUCCCCAGCUCCAGCUGGACAUAGUCGAGGUUGAACCUGAGGGUGUGUGUCUGAGGUUCAACCCUCUGCUCACAGCUGCCACCAGGGGAACACAGAGGGAACAUGUGGACAGGCUGGUGGAAUGUCUGGAGGAGCACACUGCUGUUCUGGACUGCACAGUUGACCAAAGAGAAGUAUUCCAAGCUGCUGUAGAGGACCACCCCAACCUUUUGUCCAUUGACGAUGCCACCUGGCCAGGAGUUGGGGUACUGCAAUACAUUCCUGAGUACUGGGGUCAUCAUUCACUGGAGAACCUGACAGAGGAAACCAAAACUGAAAUGGACAAACUCAAUGCUGACAUAGUCCACAAGCUUUCAGACAAAGAGGACAUCAGGUUCCAGAAGAGCACUGCUCCUAACGGGAGGACGUGUGUGUGCGUGGGACUUGUGUCGGAUGAUGUGAGUGUGGAGGAACUGGUGCAGGAGGUGUACGCCACAGGAAAGGAGCUAGAGGACUCCUCCAGGUUCCUGGAGAGAAUGGCAGACAUGGUGAGGAAGGGCAUCGAGCAGGCAGAACAGGAACUGCAGAAGGCUAACGAGGAGAAAAUCAUGGAAGAGGGUGUGAUCAGACAGAUCCCCAUUGUUGGGUCUGUGUGGAACUGGCUGUCUCCUAUCCAGGCCAAGACUCCUGGAGGCAACGUUAAGGGCACCACCUUUAACCUCUCUUCAGGUUCUGUGGAAAGCACUGAGACCACUUACAAGUACAAGAUGCAGAUUCAGGGAGGAAGUCCCAACAGUUCUCCACUGAGCACUCCAGUAUCCACUCCAACCAAAACAUCUCCUAGUAUGAAACUGGUGCUGCCUUCACCAACCAAACCUGAGGGGUCCCCCGGGAACAAGACAGAUGACCAGAUGGAAGAUGAGGCUGCUGAGGAAGAGGAGGAGGAAGAAGAGGAAACUAAGGAGGGAGAAGAUGAGAAGGAAUUGGAUGAGGAAGAAGGAGAUGAGGAGGAAGGAACAGAAAAUGGAGAUACACAAGCCCAGGAGGAUGAUGGGAAUGACCAGACUCGUGCCUCAGAAGAUUCUAUACAGCAAACUGAGGGGGAAGUUGGUGACUCUGUCCCAGAGGAGACACCCAGUAGUGAGGAAAAGGACUCAAACACAGAAGCUGAGACUCAGGAUCCUGUAGACACUUCAAACACUGAUGGAAAUGUAGUGGAAACUGAGGAGAGUAAUAGUUAGGGGAAGACAGUAAGGUGGAGGUAGUCAAGAGGACAGGCAGUUUGACAGCAAAGUUGUAUAUUUUUUAUGCAUAAUGACAUUAUGGUAUAAUUCUACUUAUAUGCAUAAGUAUACAUUCAAUUUGAAUUGUAAGAGAUUGGGCUAGCUGUAUGCAUGCUUGCCUUUCUAUCAUUAAGUCUGACUUUAUGAUAUUUAUUAUUAUUGGUAUUUAAUUUGUCAUCCUCCCACCAUUAUUAAUUGAAAAGGUGUACGUAAAAUCAUAGCCUUAAGAGUAUUAAAGUCUAUUAUUUGUUGCUUAGCUGCUACUGAGGGAACUUGCC